GGGUUGCUGGAAAUGCUAUUAAAUAAACAAAAACCCUAUUUGGUUUGAAAAAAUAAAAGCAUUUCUAUAAAAAUUUAGUUGAUGUUAUCAUUAAAGUAUUAUUAAUAAUUAAUUUGUUGGAGAAAGGGGUUAGAUUAGGCUAAACUCUAAAAAAGUUCCUCCAUUGACGUCAUAAAAAUUGUUAUCUCCCUAGUCUCUCCUGCUUAUCUUCUACAGUAGGAAAACAUAUGAGGGAGAUGGUGGAUAAAGGAAGCAGUGUCUAUCCAGCACCUCUGGCCAAGUAUGAGGAGGUGGUCGCCGAUCCUCAACUCUUUAUGGCCACUCUUGAGAAGUUUCAUGCUACUAUGGCCACUAAGUUCAUGAUUCCUAUAAUUGGAGGCCAGGAUCUUGAUCUCCACAAGCUCUUUGUGGAGGUCACUUCACGUGGUGGUAUUGACAAGAUACUAAGAGAAAAAAGAUGGAAAGAUGUUACAUCCGCUUUUAACUUCCCAGCCACAGCAACGAAUGCUUCUUUUGUGUUGCGUAAGCACUAUCAUACAUUACUACAGGAAUAUGAACGAAUCUACUACUUUAAAGCAAAAGGUAUUAUGCAGAGACCUAAUGCUACACCUAUGGCUUUCCCUGGAUUGUCCGGAGUGUCCCCGACUCCCACACCUGCUCAGCCGGCAAAUGUUGAGCAGCCCAGGAUGAACACUAGAGAAUUUGUGUCUGUACCUACAGCACCAUCUGUGGGGUGUCCUGUCAUUGGAGUGAUUGAUGGAAAAUUCGAUACUGGGUAUCUUGUAACUGUCACAAUAGGCAAGGAGAAACUGAAAGGUGUUCUGUAUCAGACUUCAUCGACUAAUUCAAAUCAAGUGCAACAAACAUGUAGUGUCGCAAUUCGCACAACUGACAGCACUCCUACAACAUCAGGUGCGCUUCAUAGGAGGAGGAGGAGGAGUAAAUCUGAGUUAAGGAAGAGAGAUCCUAGUCACCCUAAGCCUAAUAGAAGUGGUUACACCUUUUUCUUUUCUGAACAACACCCCAGAUUGAAACCACUCCAUCCAGGAAAGGACCGGGAAAUAAGUAGGAUGAUUGGUGAGCUUUGGAACAGUUUGAAAGAUAAUGAGAAAGCUGUAUAUGAAGAAAAGGCAAUAAAAGAUAAAGAGAGAUACAGGAUGGAGAUGGAGGAUUAUAGAGAGAGAGUGAGUAAAAAUCAGGUGAUCAGUGAUGCAAUACCAAUACGGCAGUGGUUUCCUGAUUUGGAUGCAGAAAUGGAGGGGGUGAAAAUAAAUGAUUACGAGACAUUUGAUUACGAAAACAAUUCCAGCCAGAGUGAAUCUGAGGACGAUGAAGAAAUUACGGCGAAGGAUGAUGAGGAAUUCUCAGUUACAGAGACAUAUCAUAGAGGGUUUCCUGAAACCUCAGCAGGAGCUGCUGGGGAGUUUCAGGUAAUUACAGGAGAGGAUGAAUUAGCUGCUACUGCUAGUGAAGAAGAUGAAGACUGAAGAGGGGAGCAAGUAAGUAAUCUUGGUGGGGUUGAAAAUUUCACUACUGUUAGUCUGCUAUUACUAUAAUAAUGGUAUAGCUAGGCACCCAUUCGGGUAAAUCCAACGGUAUCAAAUGCUUUAUAUCCUUUCAUUGUACAUUGUUGUUGGUUAUAGAAGGAUUUUAUUAGAAAUAUGGCAUUAAGGCAGUUUUAUAGUGAAAUAUUGCUGAAUUUUUUACUUGUAGUUUGUUGCGUGCCAAUAGGCUACUCAUGUAUAUUUGCUGCUCAAUAACAAAAAGUCUCAGCCAACAAGUGAACCAAUUAUCUAGCCGUUGAGGGUAACGGAUGAACCAAGUAGAUGACACGGUCCACGUCUCCACCCACAAAGAAACUUUAAG